AGGCCAGGCAUUACAUUACCCCACCGACCACCUGCUCGACGAGCCACCAUCAUCACUCCAUUAGUGCUCUGCUCUCCAGUCGCUCCCCUCCCGGCCUCCCCUAGCUAAGAAAAGGGCCAAAUUAAGCUCGCCGCCGACGGGAGCAGCAGCUACUAGCUAGACAGAGAGCCCGGAGUGAUGGACCUUAUGAGGCCGCUGGCCGUGGUGGUGGCGCUGCUGGCCGUGUGGGCCGCCGCGGCGGAGGGGUUCGACAUCCUCCAGAUCCUGGGCAAGCAGGACGAGUUCUCGCAGUUCUGCAAGCUGCUCAACGAGACGCACCUAGCCGGCGACAUCAACCGAGACCGCACUAUCACCGUGCUCGCCGUGGCCAACGGCGACAUGGGACACCUCACCAGCGGCCACUACUCGCUCGGGACCAUCCGCCACAUCCUCGAGCUGCACGUCGUCGCCGACUACUACGACGAGAAGAAGCUCAAGCAGCUGUCGCACGGCGCCACCGCCGCAUCCACCUUGUUCCAGCGAUCCGGGUUUGCCCCCGGCAUGGCAGGUUACGUCAACAUAACGCAGCACCGCGGCGGCAAGGUGACAUUUAUCGUCGAUGACGCAGCCGACUCCGUGAAGCCGGUCACCUUUGUCAAGCAGAUCGAGAGCCACCGCUACGAUUACUCGGUGCUCCAGGUCAGCAGUGUGCUCUCCUCGCCGGAGGCCGAGGCGCCCGUGGCCCCGCCGGCUCCCGUCAACCUCACCGACCUCCUCUCCAAGAAGUACUGCAAGAGCUUCGCGGGCCUUCUUGCUGCCGACGCUAAGGCCUUCGACACCAUCAACGGAACCAAGGACACCGCGCUGACGCUCUUUUGCCCUGUCGACGCCGCCGUGGCCGCCUUCUUGCCCAAGUUCAAGAACCUGACGGCCAAGGCCAAGACGGCCAUCCUGCUCUACCACGCCGUGCCGGACUACUACUCCAUGCAGUUCCUCAAGUCCAAUAAAGGCGAGGUGACCACGCUCGCCACCACCAGCGUCGCCAAGAAGGACUACACCUACGAAGCGCAGACCGAGGCUGACACCGUCACGCUCGACACCACGGUCACCACCUCUACCAUCCAGGCCACCGUCAGGGACGACGACCCGCUCGCCAUCUACGCCGUCUCCAAGUUCCUGCAGCCCAAGGAGCUGUUUAAGUCCAAAACCAAGGACCUCGCGCCGGCGCCCGCGCCAGAGGGGGCCAAGAAGAAGACCAAGAAGAAGCCCGGCAGCACCUCGACGGCUGCCGCGCCCUCAGGCGACGAAGCCGCGGACGGCCCGGCUGCCGACGACUCAGCUGACGACGCUGCGGACAAGGCCGGCGCCGCGCCGUCUCCGCUCGUCCGGUGGGUCACCGCGGUUGCGACGGUGGCAGCCGUGCUGGCGCUGGUGGCCUAAGGUGUGCCCUGAUGUGUUAUGUUUUCUUUUUAACUUAUUGGAACCCUCUUCUUUUCUUUGUCCAAUUCGUGUCCCUUGUUGGUGCAGAAAAUAAGAAGGGUCAUUUUACUUUAUUUUUAUAUUUAUUGCUGCAUUCUCAUGGAAAAGGGGAAAAAAAGAGGAAAGCUUAGAGGUGUGUCAGAUCAUGUAGCUCUUUGGAUUGUGGUGAUCAUUUUGUAAUGAUAGUGAUCAAUGGAAUUGAAGAGUGUGUUUAUAUGUGCACUA